GGAAAGACAUGGAAAAGAAAAAAUAAAAAAGGGCAUUGACAGAUAGAUAGGUGGAUAGAUCGAUCGACGACCAUGAAAUCAGAACAAACGACUCGGCCAUUUCAACAGUCGAAAUUCGCUCUGAAUGAUUCGACGGGAUUGUCUUCUCUGUUAGAACGAACCCAAAGAUCUCUUCAUAUCUCUCACGAUACCUAUGAAGUUCUAUGAAAGUUCAGAUUGGAUCCAAAACCUGGCUGUUUGAUUUAUACGUUAUGGAGUUCCUUUAAAUGGUGUUUGGUUAUAGAGAUUUGGAACUGAGUGCUGGAUCCUGGGAUUUUGUAGUCCUUGGGAGUUGAGGCUUAUACAUCAUGGCAAGGAUUAAACCUCAAGCUCUGCUACAACAGAGCAAGAAGAAGAAGGGUCCAAGUCGUAUCGGUGCCACUACAGUUAUUUUGUACAGCUUAAUUAUAGUUGUGAUGGUGUUUUUCCUGUUUGCUACUUACAGACAUUGGAUUCAGAGGUCAAUUAUUCAAACAGAGCAUCAGUUAUCAGUUAUUGAGCGUGAGCGUGACGAUGCUUUUGCAGAUGGAAAGAAAUCUGAUGUCCCCGGAUAUGUUAUUUUAAAUACCUCAAAAGGGUCAAUAACAAUCGAGUUAUACAAAGAAGGCUCUCCUGAGGUGGUUGAUGAAUUUAUUGACUUAUGUCAGAGGGGGCACUUCAAGGGGAUGCCUUUUCACCAUGUAAUAAAGAACUUUGUGAUUCAAGGAGGUAAUUCUGAUAUACCUGGAGCUACAGACGAUUGGACUUUGAAAGUAAAGCAAAACAGCCAACUUGAAACAAGCAUGAAGCAUGAGGCGUUUAUGCUUGGUACUACAAAGGCUAAACAUGACAAAGAGGGAUUCGAGCUUUUUAUUACGACUGCACCAAUCCCUGAUCUAAAUGAGAAGCUGAUUGUGUUUGGGCGGGUCAUUAAGGGAGAGGAUGUUGUUCAGGAAAUUGAAGAGGUGGAUACGGAUGAACAUUAUCGACCUAAAUCUCCAAUAGGAAUCAUCAAUGUGACUAUGAAAGAGAAGGUUUGAAGGUGGUUUUAUCAGUUUAAAGCUUCUUUCAAUGGCAUGGUUUCCCCUUCUUAGAUGCCAACGUGCUGAUAAUCACCAAGCAAGCAAGAGGUUUAUGGGAAGUAAAGCAUAUCUUUUGCUCCUGUUCUGAGGUGUUUUCGUAUAUGGAUUGAAGUCUUUGGAAUUUUUUAUUUUUUUCCUGCUUGUGAUACAAAGAAGAGCUUGCCAAUUCUAUUUUGUAAUAUGGUUUUUUUAUUUAAACCUUGAUGAUACACAUUGCUUUAUAGUGGACAUGAAAUACGGAAUGUUCUUGAGAUCAAGACUGUAGACAAGAUAGGGUGAUACUAAAAUUCUUUUGUAACAUACUCUGGUUUUUGCU